UCCACUCUCUCUCUUCACUUAAACCCUUUCAUCUAUCUGUCCACAAAACCCCACCUUCCUCCUCCCGCCUUUUUCUCGCCUCUUUCUGCUGCUCCGCGGCAGCGCAAAACCCUAGCUUUCUCCGAUUCAACUCUCCCUCGCACUUACCCCAACCAUCAUCAAUGGCGGCGGCGGAAACACCAGCACCGUCUCAAUCCGAAAUCGCGAACGAAGGACCGGUUCUCAAUCUAGUCAACAAGCGUCUCCGCGCGCUGCGGAAGAAGCUCAAUCGCAUCUCGCAGAUGGAAGAGUCUCGCGCUCAGGGAAAAACUCUCAACAAAGAGCAGGAGGAAACUAUCCGUUCCAAACCCUACGUCGUUGCCGGCAUAGACGAGUUCGAGAAAAUCCGCCAGCCGCUCCUCAGCGCCGUCGAUCAGGAAAUUGAACUCGCUCUAGCGAAGAACAGCCACAAAACCGGCAGCUCGUCGGGCGAAUUCGCGAACGAAGGAGUCGCCGCCGCCGAGCCGGAGGGGAAGCAACAGAUCGGCGACGCUUCUGCGGUUUCUGAUCUGCUAAAUCUGCUGUAUUUCGGUAGCAUUUUCGAUGUGCAGACUCUAAUGAGGGCGAACGAUGACAUGCUGAGGAGGACGCACGAGAGGAAUUGCUGCUUGACGUACGAUUACGUUACAGAUGAUGAUGCUGCUGGCGAUCCUCUGAAAGAGUUAGAUUUGGACGUGAUUGCGGCGGUUGGGGGUUUGUUGAUUUCACGGCCGGUUAAUUCGAACUUGUCGCAUAAGGAUUCACUGGAGAAGUGUGCGAAGCAUGCUAAGCUAUGGCUCACCAACGCUGAUCAACCAAUUGAGGCGGGGUCAAAUAUCACUUAUGCUGGAUUGAGGGAAAAGUUAAACAAAAUUAUGGCUUCAGAGUACUUUACAACUACUCCAGAGAUAAAGGCUCCAGUUGAUGCUGCUGCUGCUGCUGCUGCUGCUGCUGGAAAUUAUACUUUUCAGGUGCUGCCAGUCCAUGGUUCUGUGAUUCCUCCAGCCAGCAUGCAUGUCCCAGUGGAAAGCUCGGGUACUGAGUUUCAGCAAGAGGAAGAACAGUCACCCAAUUCCCACGACAAUGAAAUAUAUGGCAAUGAAGCAGCCGCACGAGUUGAAGAACUGCACCAGGGAGGAUUAGAUGUAGAAAAUCAAUCAGAAGAUCAGACCGAAACAGAUCAUGGCAUUCCCGACAGUGAUGCUUAUCAAGACUUGACAGAUGCUGACAUGAAGGAGCAGCAUCACGCCCCUCGUAAGCCAUAUCAGAACUACAGAGGUGGUCGUGGUGGUGGUGGCCGCAGAGGAGGAUACAGCAAUGGCCGUGGAGGGCGAGGGGGCAAUAGGGGAGGCUAUGAUCAGCCUGGUGGUUAUCAGCCAAGGAACAAUUAUAACUACAGAGGCCGAGGCGGCAGGGGUAUGGGUGGAAACUUUGGUUACCAGGGCCCACCUGGCAACGCUCAAACUGCAUCCUAGAUCUUUUUCUAAGGUGAUAGCAGUCAUUGUUCCCAAAAUGCAUUCCCCAAAUUUUCUUCCCUCCAACUUCAGCAAUGCCUUCUAGAAAUCAUAUACAUACCUCAAUUGAGAGAGACUCUCAGCAGCUUGUGGAUGAGGGAAGAGGCGUAGAUUGACGCUCGACGCUACACUGCGUAUAAUCAGGCAUGGUUUCGAUUCACGUAUUUACUCGCUCUAACGUUAUGAAAACUCCCGAAACUUAGUCUGUGUUGAAGGGUUUCUGGUUUUAGAACAACAUAUUUUUGUUUCGUAAAUCGUCGACGGCGGUUUGUAUUGUGCUCACUAUGUUUGUUAAUUUGCUAUGCUUUAUAUGUGCCUAUUUUUCCCCCAAAUUUGGGGCAGUUGAUUUAUGUUGGCUCUCAAUCGGGGAAUUACUCACCAUGUUUCUAUUCAUGACGUUGUGUGGCGAGCUUGAUUGAU